AUGUCUUUUCAAAACCUCCAGACGUAUGAAGAAGGAGAAUCCAAUGUUGAAGGUAUACCGGAGAAGUUUGACAAGCGAAAAAUCUUGAAGUACUGCAAGAAACAUUUCGCGUGUAACGGUACAGUAGUUGAACACGAAGAGUAUGGGGAGGUGUUACAAUUCCAAGGUUAUCUAUUUAUUACGUCUUACAGUUCAAUAGUUCAUUAACUAAUAUCUGUCACUUUAUGAUGCGAAAUUUCAUUCACAAAUUCCAACACUGAUAGAAAAAAAGGAAGUAUAACAUUCUUAUAGUUAUUUUUUUACAAAUUAGCAAUGUAUUUUUUUAGUGAUUAUCCAUCAAGUAGUUGCUUUUAUAGUGUUUUCAUGUAAUUGAAAUGGUAAGGUUUCUUUUGACCCAUGAACUGUUCGUAUGUCUUUUACAUUUUUAUGUGAAUUCCAAGUCACUUAAUUGUAAAUGUCUUAUCCAACGUUGUGUUAAAUAAUGUCUCAGAUAUGUACUCAGAUCUAUAAAUCAUAGUCUUAUAUCUUACGAAUAUAAUCGCAUAGGUUAAUGGUCUCAACUAUAACAGUGCUUAUGGCCAUUCUACUAGCUUUCUGAAUGAAGCUUACCCAACGUUACCGAUUACGUGACGAUUACAGUAACGAAGUUAAUGGCAUAGAGAAAAAUACAAUAAGCACUAUCAAAUAAACAAUUUCCCUUUAAAAUUUA